AUGGUUGUAUGGAUUCAGUUCCCGGCCCUCCCAGUACACUUUUAUCAUAAGGAAAUUCUUUUCGCUUUGGGAAACAUGGUGGGUAGGGCUAUCAAGCUUGACUUUCAUACGCAACAUCAACAACGAGCUAAGUUCGCUAGGAUGGCGGUGGAACUCGACCUCUCCAAACCGUUGGUUACAAGAAUUCGGCUGGACGGGAAGUGGCAGUACAUUGAGUACGAGAACUUGCCGGUGUGCUGUUUUGAAUGCGGUAAGAUUGGGCAUACGACGUUGACUUGCCCGACUCUAGCUGCCAAGUCUAAGCCGCCGGCUGGGGCAGCGAGGCCUGAGUCACCAGAAGUCUGGCCGGAGGCGGUGUCGGAGGAGAAGCAAGGUUUUGGCCCUUGGAUGCAGGUUUCACGGAAAUCUCGGCGAGGGAAUCGGAAUGGAGAAAAUGGAAACUUGAACGCUAAUCAUGGGACUUCAUCCGGGAUUGGGAAGAAUGGAAAAGGAAAGAACUCCCUCCAGGAAACAGAAAGCCACAACGGUCUUAAGGGAGGGCAAAAGGAAAGUUUUGAUCGGAGAGGCGAGGCGGCGCGGGUUGGUUUGAACGAGGAAGGAAAGUCGAAUGGGGCUGGGAACAGAAAAGGUAAAGAUAAAGUGGGGUAUGCGAUGGUGGAUCAAGCCAUGGGGGGAAAAGGAGUUCUUGGGCCAAACCCAGCCUCAAAGGCCGGCCCAUCCUCAGGGCCCGUUUUUAAUCAGAGCAAAGGAGCUGCGGCAGCCUCCCCUGCCGCUGGGCCUAAAGGGGUUGGAGGCCCGGCAGCAUCCAAAAGUUCCAGCCAGCCGAAACUUCUACAACCACCUCCCAUCCAGAAGAUUGUUGGCCCAAAUUCAACAUCAAUUCAGGUAGUGGCCGUACCGUCCCUCGACCAGCAGAGGGAAGUAAAUUCCCAAUGUGAUGCCCCGUCGGCAUCCUCCCGGAUGAGAAAGCAGAACGCUGCGAAGAAGAAGAAGGGGAAAUCUCCUCGUAAGACGCCGACGAAGGUGGCAGCCAGGGCGUUGCAAAUAUGGACCCCGGUCAAAGAAAAGAAGGGCAAAUCCAGAUCAAGGCUCGCGACGUUGACGCUCCAGGAGAUCGCGGCUUGGACGAGUGCAGCAAAAUCUGGGCAUACAGAAGAGUGUGGUGGUCUCCCUGUGGAGGUUGCUAAUGCGACUGAGACAUGUGGCCCGUCGGACCCAGAGCAGCAGCCGCAGCCUUGA